CUGUGCGCGGGAAGAACCGGGGUGCGACAGGUGAGAUAGAAACGCACCUGACGGCGACGAGAGACAGUCGCCAUUAGUGCGACUCGGGAUACAGGAAAAUGCGACCGACGUUCUUGUUACUGGUACUAUGCUGGCACGUUUGGAUGAUGUCCCACCACCGUGCACAGGCUAUCCGUGUACUGCAGACACCCCGGGUGGGAGGUUCGCUGUGGUUUGACGCCCGAGGCGGUAAGGAACUCCAUUUCCUGUCGUCGCUCGACUCAUCCAACCGCUUCCGCCUCCAGCCGAACCUCGGCCGCGCCAUCCAAGUGGUGACUGUAUUGAAGAAUGUUCAGCCUGAACUGCAAGCCGCCGUGCAGAAAGUCAGACAGAAGAUUGAUGCUCUGGACUCAAUAAUUGUUGACAAGUGCGAAUCCCAGCCGUGUAAGAACGAAGGCCACUGCGUGAACGACCCGGGAAUGACGUACCACUGCAGCUGCCCCAAGGGCAGGACGGGUGCUCAUUGCGAAGAAGACGUGAACGAGUGCGCCACGCCACCUUGCGCCGGCUACUCGAACUGCAUCAACACGGAGGGCAGUUACCGGUGUGUGUGCAGGCAGGGAUGGAAGGGUGAGUACUGCCUGACGGAUAUUGACGAGUGUGCCGCGGGUACCGCCGUGUGUAACUCCACCCACAGCAGGUGCCGGAACACGGACGGGGCGUACGACUGCGUCUGCCCGGAGAGACAUGAGGGACCCAACUGUGAGCCAAUCCCGACCACGAUAGCUCCGACGACUGUGCGGCCCACCACCACCAUGCUGCCGACUACCACAAACGCCGUGACCUCUGAACCUUCCUUGGAAAUCUCCGGAUCUGGUAAUAGGAAUUCCGGGGUCACUACCGCGGGAAACUCCGGUGGGAACGCCGGUGGUUCGAAUGCACAGGUCACUGGAAGCCAAGAAGGAUCGCGUGAGAAUCCGCUGUGUGGACAGACCAGCUUCCUGGCCGGAUCCGGAUAUGUGGCGUCACCUAACUACCCGGACCACUACCCCAACAACGUCGACUGCACCUACCGCAUCGCCACUACCCCCGGAAAGCUUGUCCUGAUCCGAUUCAUUGAUGAGUUCGGGCUGGAGAGUGACAACGACGGAACGUGCAAGUACGACCGCCUCACGGUGGUACUGAACGGCACAACGACCCUGGGGACGUACUGUGGGGGUCAGGAGCCGCCUAGCACCAUCACCGGGGCAACGGUGGACGUCAGGCUCCGGACAGACUUCGCCAUUAGCCGGAAGGGCUUCAGGCUGCGCUACGAAGCUAUAGACCCAGACUCAGUGUUGGAUCUGCCAGAGACGCUCCCGACCUGCGACGGCAGCACCACCACCACCGUGUCCGGCGUCAGGCGGACCCUGACGUCACCCAUGUUCCCCAACAAGUACCCUGACGACCUGUCCUGCUCCUGGACCUUCCUGGCACCACGUGACAAGUUCGUGGAGGUGCGUUUCCUGACCUUGUUCGUGGAGGCCGCGUCCAAGUGCAACUACGACCGUGUGAUCGUGCUGAUCGACGGCGUGGAGACCGGCGACGGGCCGUACUGCACCGACAACAAGCCCACCGAGGCAUUCUACGGCAGGAACGUCACCGUCAAGUUCAUCAGCGACGCCAGCGUGGCGGAGCAGGGGUUCGAGAUGACCUACCAGAGCGUCCAAGGAGGUGCCUCACUGAAGAAGAGAGUGACGCUGACCGAGCCGCUGCCCUGCGGUGAGACCAGCUUCAGCAAUACCGGCAUCCUGGAGUCUCCAGACUACCCCCAGAAGUACCCCAACGGUCUGCACUGUGCCUGGAACAUCCUGGUCACGAAGGGCAGGAGGGUGAAGCUGUGGUUCGAGACGUUUGAGGUGGAAGCCCAGACCUACUGCCAGUACGACCGCGUGGUCGUUGAGACGCACCCCGGAAACUACCACCAGCUGUGCAACAGCAAACAGAUCAGCCCGCUGGAGUCACGUGACAACCAGAUGAAGGUGACCUUCAUCACAGACACGGCCUUGGCCUUCACCGGGUUCCGGGCCUUCUGGGUCGCUCAGCAGGGAGACACGGAGAAGCACCAGUCGCGUGUGGUGAACGUUGAGGAGGGGAAGACGCUGAUCCUGGACUGCGGCGACAGCAACUCCCUGAUGGGUGACCCCGUCAUUCUGACCUUCGGGUCACCCAAGUUCAGCUGGAGCCACGAGGGCACACCGCUGGCGGCGGACUGGGCCGUGCUGAGCGUGCGGGGUGAGGAGGCGUCAGCAGGCCGGUACCUGUGUGUCGCCUCCAGCAACGUGACGGACGUCGUUCUCAUGCUGACGUUCAACGUGACCGUGCGAGAUGCGGACUGGUUCGGUAGCGGUGAGGGCUCCGGCAGUGGUGCGGGUCCGGGCAGCGGAACCGACCUGUCCGAUGAAGAAGACGGCAUGCUGUUGGAGACCGCAGAUCUGACAUCCGCCCAGAACCCGCGGCUGUGGGACGGUGACAGUGAGAUAUCCCCAGGGAGUGGGCAGGGGUUGGACGGGGUAGAUGGUACGGUAACACCGACGGCUGUUGUGACUACAGGACGGGUGGGGUCUAUGAGUGAGGGGUUCGAGUCCGAAGGCAACGGGGAACAGGGUCUGAGCUCCGUAUGGAUAACAGGGUCAGUAAGGCGUGCGCUGUUUGAGAGUGAGGGUGAAAACGAGGAAGUCCCGGCGCACACUGAGGAGGAAGCUAUGGGUGUAGGGUUCGAAUCUCAUGACAAUGUGGACCAGGAUCGGGGCUUGUCUAGUGUCAGUGAAGAGCUAUUUGGUUAUGAGAAUGAAAAUGAGCAGCCAGAAACCCACCCUGAAUCUGCUAGUCCCCCAUCCGACACUGUUGACAGAGGUAUCAUUGAAGACUCACACAUUGACAAUGACAUUAACGUUAUUGACAACGUUAUUGACAAUGACAAUGAUACUAUCGCCGCACUGAGCAGUGCUCAUGGUGCAAACCACGCCACCACUGAAACCACGACACGUGAAAAUGAACAAUCCACGAACCACGAUACUCCACAAGACACGAACCACGGCACCGAACAGGACACGAACCACGACACACCACAAGACCACGACACUGCCUACUUUGACACAUACCCCAUGUCAAAACAUGUCCAAACAAGCUUGCAGACCCGGGAUAUAUACGCUAAGGAAGGGUCAGUCGGGAUGGUACACCCCUUGCUGGCGGUUCAGGCGUUCGCGCGCGAGAUCGCUCGCCUGCGCGACUCCGGUGAUCUUACCCAGGCGAGCCUUUUCCACGCUCUCGGCAUAGGCGAAGACGCCUUUGCCGCAGAGGGUAUCGAAGCGUUCCUCAACAGGCUUCGGGGGCUCGACGACCCCACGGCCGCCGGCUUGCUGCAGGCGCUCGGUGUCAAAAGCGACGCCUACGUGGAGAAGAACAUGGAGGCGGUCUUCGGCGAGAUGCACCGCUUGCGCGAGGCUGGGAACCACACGGUGACCAGCCUGCUGCAGUCUCUGGGCAUGGCUCCCGACCCCUCCCUCCCUCUGACGCCGCCAGAAAGACCCGAGCAAGGCGCGGAGAUUCAGAGCGAUCCCCUGGCCAAUCUGACGAGCCUGUUCUCAGCUGAGAUAGACCCAGGGGAGUGGGUCGGGGAGGGGGGCUCCUUCGCGAAGACGUUUGCUGAUAUCAUGGAGAUGUCGGCGGGAUGGGGCAAAAAAAAGAAGUAAUUGUGGAGAUAGAAAGAAAUCGUAGAGUGAUAGAAUUAAAAUGGGUGUAAAAUAUGAAGUUCUGAAGAGCUCAUAGCAUCCGUAAUUUUUAUGAAGAGGUUAUGCUAGUACACAUGGUUGUAUCAGCUGUCCUUUUAGUGUUCACUGGAUCUCUUGUUGGCCUAAUAGAUAUAGAAAUUGGCCAAAAGAAGGGUACUACUUUGUCAGUCUCAGCACUUGAACUAGUAAAGCUCCACAACGUGCCAAGUCCUUUGAUAAAAAUUACUUUCCCGAACUUGGCAAACUUGUCUACGCACUUUAUGUUCAGUCUAAGUGGACUGAAAUACGCAGAAACAUAUUAGUCUUUGAUGAAAGCUUAGAUGGAAGGGACGUUGCAGACGAAAAAUAGGAAAGAUGACGAAAACUCAUUUUCGUUAAACUUAAGGCUCACGCGCGUUUUCGCCGCGGACACGUUUCAAAAUGCCGCUAGUAAUUCGAAUGGGGUCUGUUCUGUAGCGGGCUGCAGGUGUUACCCCCUGUCCGACAUUGUGUGACGCUGUGUUUUUUUUCUUCAUCUACACGUGUUUUGAAAAAAGAGAGAAGUAUUUUCUAGAUAAACAUCCAAAGAUGUAGUACAGGGCCACAGACGUAAACACUAAUCAAAAGUACACUUCUUAGACCUAGCUGGCUGACAAACACCUGACGACAACCAUUUCCAUUGAAACAAACGUGAACUAAAUCUAUAUGCCACACAACUGCGGGAACUUUACCACGUACAUCAUACAUGAGCAUUCAUUUGUGCACACUUUUUCCUGGAGCGUGACCUUUGAGUGACGAAUACUACCUAUCAAUUCAUAAAUCAGAAACGGUACAAAUAUGGUUUGAAUUGCGGCAAAACAUACAAAAUGAAAUUAUCUAUGACAUUUGCUUGAAGUAUCUGUGAUUUUGGUGAAUACAUCAGUGGAAAUAUUUUUGAAUGAUACUUCACACACAGAACACAUACAUAUACACUGACAGACUUACUGCUUCAAUUCUGUUGGACAUAUUCUCAUUCCAUUCUUUCAAAUAUCAGUCUGGCAGAUUAAGCAUGGCCCUAGAUGCACAAACCUAGGCAAUGUUGUAAUGCAUAAUUGAUAUUGUUGGUAUUGCAUUCAUAAAUUCUGGCAGCUCAACGACAGACUUCCUCUAUUUCAAAGUAAUCUGCAUAUGUACUAUGUUUAAUACUUGUUAUAGUAAAUAGGACGAUAAGUUUGUUUCUUCUUCUUUUUUGCCAUACAUUGUACCAUGUACGAUCGUUGCGCAAUAAAGUUCUUCUGUGGUAAUCUAAAUGAUACGUGAGUACAAAAUUUGGAGUUAGAAAAUUCCAUUGCCGCUACUACCAGUGCCUCAUAAUCUCUCUAUAUAUGUGACCUGGUGUCAUUUGUGAUCUUUUUGUAAUGCUAUUUGCUCACUUCAAUAUAUGUGACUGUUUAUCAGGCAAUUUGUUAAGCAGAUCAGGAUAUUUAAUAUGUGUUAAAUGGACAAAAAUUGGGAG